GACCUCCUCCUCUCUGGAGCCUGAGCAGAGGGUGCCCCUGCCCAACCUACUGACCUUUGCCUGUGUGAGCCCUGGUUAAUUUUUGCCCAGACUGUUGGCUGUGGGGCUCCUCCCCCGUCCCCUCAGGGAUAUAAGUCUGGCCCGAGGCUGCCUUGCUCCUCGCCAUCCUGAACCUCCCCCAGCCCCCACCCUGCCCUCACCAUGGCCAAGGGCUUCUACAUUUCCAAGGCUCUGGGCAUCCUGUUCAUCAUCCUGGGCGUGGCGGCCGCGUGCACCAUCAUUGCUCUGUCCGUGGUGUAUGCCCAGGAAAAGAACAAGAACACCGGGAGCUCCGCCGAUGGCUCCACAGUGAGCCCCACGAGCCCCACGGGUCCCAUAAGCCCCACGGGCCCCACGAGCCCCACGGGCCCCACGGGCCCCACGAGCCCCACGAGCCCUACGAGCCCCACGACCCCCACCGCCCCCACGGCCACUGGAUCCACCACCGCGGCUACCACCUUGGACCAGACCAAACCAUGGAACCGUUACCGCCUCCCCAAGGCUCUGAUUCCCAGCUCCUACAAUGUGACACUGCAGCCGUACCUCACCCCCAACAACGACGGCCUGUACACCUUCAGCGGCAAAAGCACCGUGCGCUUCAUGUGCAAAGAGUCCACCAACGUCAUCAUCAUCCACAGCAAGAAGCUCAACUACACCAACAUCGAAGGGCAGAGGGUGGCCCUGCGGGGCGUGGGGGGCAUCCAGGCCCCCGCCAUCGACAGGACCGAGCUGGUGGAGCUCACUGAGUACCUGGUGGUGCAUCUCCGGGAGCCGCUGCAGGUCAACAGCCAGUACGAGAUGGACAGUAAGUUCCAGGGGGAGCUGGCCGACGACCUGGCGGGCUUCUACCGCAGCGAGUAUAUGGAGAACGGUGUCAAAAAGGUGAUCGCCACGACACAAAUGCAGGCUGCAGACGCCCGGAAAUCCUUCCCGUGCUUUGACGAGCCAGCCAUGAAGGCCACGUUCAACAUCACCCUCAUCCACCCCAGCAACCUCGUGGCCCUGUCCAACAUGCUUCCCAGAGGCCCCAGCGUCCCUCUCCUGGAAGAUCCCAGCUGGAACGUCACAGAGUUUGAAACCACACCUAUCAUGUCUACUUACCUGCUGGCCUACAUCGUGAGCGAGUUCAAGAAUCUGGAGGACACAGCACCCAAUGGCGUCCUGAUCCGAAUCUGGGCUCGGCCUAGUGCGAUUGACGAGGGCCAUGGAACUUAUGCCCUGAAUGUGACGGGCCCCAUCCUAGACUUCUUUUCUAAACAUUAUGAUACCCCCUACCCACUCAACAAAUCUGACCAGAUCGCCUUGCCUGACUUCAACGCUGGCGCCAUGGAGAACUGGGGGCUGGUGACCUACCGGGAGAGUGCCCUGCUCUACGACCCGCUGUCCUCCUCCACCGGCAACAAGGAGCGGGUGGCCACUGUGAUUGCUCAUGAACUGGCCCACCAGUGGUUUGGGAACCUGGUGACCUUGGAAUGGUGGAAUGACCUGUGGCUGAACGAGGGCUUUGCCUCCUACGUGGAAUACCUGGGCGCCGACUAUGCAGAACCCACCUGGAAUCUGAAAGACCUCAUGGUGCUGAAUGACGUGUACCGUGUGAUGGCCAUAGACGCGCUGGCCUCCUCCCACCCUCUGUCCUCGCCUGCCGGCGAGAUCAACACGCCGGCCCAGAUCAGUGAGAUGUUCGACUCCAUCUCCUACAGCAAGGGAGCUUCAGUCCUCAGGAUGCUCUCCAGCUUCCUGACGGAGGACCUGUUCAAGAAGGGCGUGGCGUCCUAUCUCCACACCUUUGCCUACAAAAACACUGUUUACCUGGACCUGUGGAACCACCUGCAGAAGGUUGUAGACGAUAAUUCAAGCAUCCAGCUGCCUGCCUCUGUGCGCGCCAUCAUGGACCGCUGGAUCCUGCAGAUGGGCUUCCCCGUCAUCACCGUGGACACCCCCACGGGCAACAUCUCCCAGCAGCACUUCCUCCUCGACCCCGAGUCCGUUGUCACCCGCCCCUCAGAGUUCGACUACCUGUGGAUCGUGCCCAUCACGUCUGUCAAAAAUGGCACGCAGCAGGCAGACUACUGGCUUCCGGGAGUUCGACAGGCCCAGAAUAACCUGUUCAGAACCACAGGUUCUGAUGAGUGGGUCCUGCUGAACCUCAACGUGACGGGCUACUACCUGGUGAACUAUGAUGAAGACAACUGGAGAAAGAUCCAAACUCAGCUGCAGACAAACCUGUCGGUCAUCCCUGUCAUCAACCGGGCUCAGGUCAUCCAUGACACCUUCAACCUGGCCAGUGCCCAAAUGGUCCCCGUCACCCUGGCGCUGAACAGCACUCUCUUCCUGAACCAAGAGAGAGAGUACAUGCCCUGGGAGGCCGCCCUGAGCAGCCUGAGCUACUUCAAGCUCAUGUUCGACCGCUCUGAGGUCUACGGCCCCAUGAAGAGUUACCUGAGGAAGCAGGUCUCGCCUCUGUUUGAUUAUUUCGAAACUAUCACCCAGAGCUGGACGAAGCACCCAGACACCCUGAUGGAACAGUACGGUGAGAUUAACGCCGUGAGCACCGCCUGCACCUAUGGGGUUCCGAAGUGUAAGGAGCUGGUCUCCACUCUUUUCGCAGAGUGGAAGAAGAACCCCCAAAACAACCCGAUCUACCCCAACCUGCGCUCCAUCGUGUACUGCAACGCCGUCGCCCAGGGCGGUGAGGAGGAGUGGAACUUCGUGUGGGAGCAGUUCCGAAGCGCCACGCUGGUAAACGAGGCCGACAAGCUCCGUGCGGCCCUGGCCUGCACCAACCAGGUCUGGAUCCUGAACAGGUACCUGAGUUACACCCUGAACCCUGACCUCAUCCGGAAACAAGAUGUCACCUCCACGCUUAGCAGCAUCGCCAGCAAUGUCGUCGGGCAAAAUCUGGUCUGGGACUUCGUCCAGAGCAACUGGAAGCAGCUGUUUGACGACUUCGGUACUGGUUCCUUCUCCUUCUCCAACCUCAUCCAGGCAGUGACCCGACGGUUCUCCUCGGAGUUCGAGCUGCAGCAGCUGGAGCAGUUCAAGAAGAACAACAUGCACAUAGGCUUCGGCUCAGCCACUCGGGCUCUGGAGCAAGCCCUGGAGAAGACCAAAGCGAACAUCAAGUGGGUGAAAGAAAACAAGGAGGUGGUGCUCAGGUGGUUCACAGAAAACAGCUAAUAGUUCUUGGUCCUGUGUCAACCCCCACCAUGUGAGUGAGAUGCGUGCAUGUGUCUGCCCGGUGGCCUGUGGCAGCAACCCCUUCCUGGAGCCUGAGGUGACGGUGUCCUCCCCUCAGGGACAAAGCCCACGUUUUCUCUGGUCUGCCCAUGGGGCCAAUCCAGUGUCCAAUGGCCAGACUGUCCAAGCACCUCCCAGCCCCUGCCCCUCGUGCCCGCCCCCACCCCAGGCCUGGCACGGUGCCUGUCACCCCGGGCCCUGGGGCUGAUCUCAGGGAAGCCCCGCUCCAGGGCCAGAUGAGCAGAAGCCCUCCAUGGACGAUGGAUGGCCUUGCGGGGGUAGCCCUGUGCCCUCUCUCACCUUCCCAUAAAGACCCUGAACCUAAAGAAUCAACAGGGCACAAGACCUACAUAUUUUUUUUCUAAGAGAAAAUGUAAAUAAAGGAUUUCUAGAUCAG